AUGCCUCAUGCUCGAAAUAGGAACCCUAGCCCCAUCCCUGAGGUAACAUGGGAUACGGGAUUGAAGGAGAUGAACGAAACUUGGAAGGGAGCUAUUGCCUGUCUCGGGGUGGCAGUCUUUUUCGUCAUGACCAUUGGGAUCAUAUACUGGCAAGUGGUGGAUCAGCCCAACAAGAACUGGAUCCUAAAGGGGAGUUAUAGCGGGCUAAUCUGGGAGAGACGGACUCACUCUCUGGUCAUACAGACACUGACAGAAGACAAGACCUACGUGGAGAUUGACGUGGGCAACGUGGGGAACCCCGAUAUUGAAGUGCCGUUUGUCAGGAACCUGUGCUGGCUCAAUAAGACGGAGUUCUGCUAUACAUGGGAUUCGGUGGCGGAUGUUAAAAUCUCUUUGGAGGUGAAUGAGGCGACGGAGACGGAGUGUUAUAGCAUGACAUGGGCGCCGGUGCACUGUCAUGUGGAGCUGAAGGACUGCUUCUCCAUGGCUAACAUGUCGUGGUACGGUGGCGCCAGCGUCCAGAACCAGAGUUGGCCAAUCAACGAGCAGAAUGUCACCAUGCAGCCGUUCACUGUCAGCAACCUCAGGGACAACCCCUCUGGCUUUGGCUCAGUUCUCGAACGCUACUUCCUGGGCUCGUCAGGUGUAGCAGUGCUGGUGUCCCCAGAUGUUCCUCUUCAGGUGGGAAUGGAGAGCCGACAGCAUUUUUGCCUGCAGUCUCCCUCCAGCCUGGAGCGCACUCCGCUUCAGUACACUGUGUGCGUGGGCCACAACAUCAGGGCUGUACACCAGGAGGUGCUGCAGCAGCUCUCAUCGCCCAGCAGGGAGCUGCCCAACAUGGACGUCUUAUGGUUGCCUUUCUGGAAGCUUCUGGCCAGUGUGGACUCAGGGCCAAAGGUAGAGAGGGAGUUGAGGACCUUCUCCAACCGUCUGAGGAGACACCAGCUGGGAGAGGGGGCCAUCAGCCUCAACGAACAUUCCACUGCCCUCCUCGCCGACAUGGACCAUGAUUACCGCACCAGCAGGAAAAGGGGGACAUCCAAGAGACAGACCAGGGACUUCAGGGACCUCUCACUGAUCAAGCUUCUAAACAUUUCCAUCACCCUGUCCCCGUUCCUGAGCGUGGACACCACCCAGUUCCACAAGUCCCUGCUGGACGGCACUGAGGCCUAUUGGCUCAGCCUCCCCGUAGCCCCACAGGGGCGACUGGUGCCUGUGCUGACCCAGUGGCGAGGGCAGUUCUGCGUGAAACUGAACAUCAGCAACCCAGAGGCGGUCAGCUGGUUCCUGGACCGGGUGGGCUUGCUGCAGGCCCGUCUGGGAAUGGAGUACAUCCAUCUGGAGGGGGCGGAGGGGAACCCGCUUGACCUGGGCGGGGGAGACCAGUAUAUUGGCCAACUGGCAGAUGUGGCAGCCAGGAUAGAAGAGUCGGCUAUCAUGAAUGCAGGGACGAGGUCAAGUCACAAGCCUGUGUUUGUGCGGAUGCCUCCUUUGCAGUCUGACUGGAGCUCCUCUGGACUGAAGGGCCUCAUUCCCUCCUUGCUGCACCACACUCUGCUGGGGUACAACUUACUCAUUCCCGACGCAGUAGGUGGUUCUCUAUCUGGGGAGCUGGUGACUGACGAGGAACUGUUCAUCAGGUGGCUGCAGAUUGUAGCCUUCCUCCCCGUCAUCAGCUUUGAGACGCCUCCCUGGGUCUGUGGGGAGGACCGGGUGCUGAACUUGACGCGGGCUCUCAUCGCGUGGCACCAGGACUUUGUGGUUCCACUGGUGACGAGGUAUGCAGAGGACUGGAUGACCUCGGGGAGCCCAAUUUACCGGCCCCUGUGGUGGCUCAGCCCUGAUGACCCCGUGACCUUCACCAUUGAUGACCAGUUCCUCAUCGGAGACGAGGUCCUUGUUGCCCCGGUAAUAGAGAGGGGGACAGUACGGAGAAAUAUUUACCUGCCCGACGGGGGCUUUCAGUGGCAGGACAGCCGCAACGCCCAGGUGUUCGACGGGGGAACUCUCUUGGAGGACUACCCUGUCGCCCUCGAGGAGGUCGCCAUUUUCUUACGGAGGAGAUCUUGA